AUAGAGAGAGAAAGAGGAGAGAGAAAGUACAGAGAGAGAGAGAGAGAGAGAGGAAUGGGGAAGAUGGUGGAGAAGAAGAGGAAGAAGAAGGGGCGGCCUUCGCUGCUGGAUCUCCAGAAGCGCAACCUCAGGCAGCAGCAGGAGGAGCAGGAGCAGCAGCAGCAGCAGCAGACCCAGAAGCACAAGCGGGAGAAUUCGGCCCCGGUCCUGCCCCCGUGGCCACGACCCCCCGCCGCCGCCGCCCCCGCCGAUCUACCCGCCGGAACCCUAUCCCCGACGGCUCCUCCCCGGCGGGGCCGCCGCCGAGGACGAGGAGGAGGAAGACGAGGACGGGGAAUUCCCCGGGAAGCGCCGCGAGAAGAAGCUCAAGCUCGUCCUCAAGCUGCCCGCCGCGGGCCAGCAGGAGGGGUCGCCGGCGCCGGCGCCGGCGCAGGGCGCGGCGGGGCCCGUGGGGUCGAGCGCGGAGGAGGAGGAGGUGGGGGCCGGUUCGGGGGUAGUAAGAGGAAGCGCAAGAUCAGAGAGAUCGGGGACGUGUCCGGGGCCGCCGACGGCGAAAAGGGAGAGAAACCUCUUUCCGGGUCGAAAUCCAUGGCUAACCAGCAAGGGUCUCAGAUGGAUUCGGGACCUUCAACGCCUUUGCCUGAUAAAAAGCUUCUUCUCUUUGUACUCGACAGGCUUCAAAAGAAGGACACUUAUGCUGUGUUUUCUGACCCGGUGGACCCCAAGGAACUCCCUGAUUACCAUGAAGUCAUAGAGCAUCCAAUGGAUUUCGGAACUGUGCGGAAGAAACUUACUGGGGGAGCGUAUGCCAACUUGGAACAAUUUGAGAAAGAUGUUUUCUUGAUUUGUUCGAAUGCAAUGCAGUAUAAUGCCCCCGACACGAUCUAUUUUCGACAGGCUCGUGCUAUACAAGAGCUGGCGAAAAAGAAUUUUGAGAAUCUGAGGCAAGAUAGCGAUGACAACGAACCUGAGCAAAAGGUAGUGAGAAGAGGCAGACCACCAACCAAAAAUUUGAAGAGGCCAGUGGGAAGGCCACCCUUGGACCGUGCUGGUCCAGAAUUUUCUUCUGAUGCAACUCUUGCAACUGGAGGAGAUAACACAACAUCAUCAACAUAUGAUCUCAGAAAGGGACCAUCUUAUGCCGGCAAAUAUGGUCCAAUCAAUUCGUCAGGACGACUUCAUUAUGGCUCUCGCAAUAAUGAUAUUUAUGCAAGUCCAUUUUUGGAGAAGAGACAUGAUAGGAAUGAUGAAUAUGCAGGUUUCCUAUAUAAGGGCUAUUCAGCAAAACAUGACAAGAAGCAAGCUAUAUCCAUUGAGAACAGGCGUAAUACAUAUAGCCAGUUCCAUCCAUCUGCAUGUGGACGUGAGCCUUCCGUCCUGACUACAUUCAGCAGGGAGAGGAAGCAGCUAAUGGCUGUGGGGCUACACCCAGAUCACAGUUAUGCUAGAAGCCUAGCUCGUUUUGCAGCUAAUCUGGGACCAGUUGCCUGGAAAGUUGCUUCAAAGAAGAUAGAAAGGUCCUUGCCCGCUGGUGUAAAGUUUGGCCCUGGGUGGGUUGGUGAGAAUGACAUCUUACCACUGAGACGGGUACUUGGUCCUUUCCCUGCCCCUGCCAGUUUGUCUCCUAGAGCUGUUCAGUGUGGCGCUGAAUUGAAAGAUAAUAUACUGGAGAAUCAGCAAAGAGCGAGUUUACCCGAGACUGCUGUACCCUCGCUUCCCCAUUCUGAGGAAUCUGCAGAAGUUCAGUUAGACAAGGUGGAAAAUACUGAGGGGUUGAGCUCUGCUUCUGAGCCAAAUGCCUCAAAAAGCGGGAGUAGCUUAAAUGUACUGAGGCCUCCCUUUCAGACUACUCAGAGCUCCACAGGGCUAGGCAUUAAUGGGAUUAAUGGUGUGUCAAAGAUUAAUCUUGCAGCUCAUAUGGGGAAAUUAAUUGGAGUGACUAGGGCCGAUGGAUUCAACUUCCGAUCCCCUCGUUUGCUGGACCCAAGUUCCAGGACGGGUACGAAUUCUGUUGCUCCAGGAUCUGCCCAGAACUUAAAUGUGGAAGAUCCUAGAACCCCAGGAGAGACCGUGGGGCUUCAUCGCGGUCCUCCUUCAAAUGAAUCAUCACAACAAAAACCCAACUCAGAAUUGUCGCAACAACAGAGACCAGGCUCUCUGCCACCUGAUUUAAACUUUGGGUUCCAGUCAUCUAGCUCCCCUACUUCCGGUAAGCCCGAGAAGGAAAAACCAGAUUUAGCUUUGCAGCUCUGAGAAUAUAGGGUUAGUGAAUUUGUUUCUUCUUCUUUUUCUCUUUGAUUAAUUAACCUUAGGAAGAUGAAGUGGGGAUUCACAUGACCCCACAGGGCCAAUUAAGGGUCCUGUAUGUGAAUCCAGGCCAGGGCUACAGUCUGAUCUUGACCUGAUGUUGUAAAAGAGUAGGUCUUAUUCUUGUAUAGAUAGAGAGAUUCAUGAGCCCUGAUCCUUUAGGGCGACUAGUAAAGCAGGGGUCUGAAUUUGUAACACUAGAAGCCAUAAUUUACCCUGAGGAUUAUAGUUUCUUGGAGACUCUGUAGCCGUGUAGAAUAUGCUUAUUUGCAUUUGUAAUCAUUAUUGAAGGCACGACCCAAUAGAAAUUUCCUUCCCAAUGCA